AUAAAAAUCCCAAGAAUGUCUACAGAAGCUACAGAUAAAACUCAACUGAUGUUGGAUCCGCCGCUGUUUGUGCCAUGUGAUUUGGACACCGUUCGAGACCCAAACAAGAAGCGAGCCUAUAGCGAGGCCUGCGAGGAGACGGACAAGCUGAGAGCCCAGGAUCAGAUCAGUGUAUCGAGUAUUAUAUCGGCACUGCUGAGGCCCAUAGAGCCCUCCGAUGAUCAGUAUAAGGUGUGCGACUGGGGCAUCAAUCCCAAACAGUUUCUGCCUGUGAAGCAAUCCGUAAUAUUUAAGGAGCAGCUUUUUAUCUCGAAGCUUAGGAACAUCAACUGCAAGCUAAACGAGAAUCUAAAGAUUUUCUUUGAGCGCGAACUUAAACAGAUUGGAAAGUUCUGUCUGAACGUGGAGGAGGCCUACGAUGGGUAUGUGGUAUUCAGCAGCAGCAAGAUGAAGAAGGGCAAGGGCAUCGUCGAGUGCGGCCAUCAGUUGAAGGGCAAGUACGAUGACAAGUUUCUGCUGAUCUGCGAGAAGCGCAUGGAGUUUGAUCGCGUCGAUCAUGCCAAGAUUGAGAAGACCCUGGAGCUGCGAAACCAUGCGGAUCUCCUUCUCACAGCGAUUCGGGAGACGAAGAUCAACGAGGAAACGCAGAAGUUCAAGGCUCGCAUCGACAUCAAGGAUCGGGAUCACGUGUUUGUGCUCGACGGAGGCAUCAUGCUGCUCAUGCGGCACUUGGUGUGCAACAAUUUCGUUGGCCACUUUGAGUACUACACCAUGAACCUCUACGGUCGGGUGCUGCGCUGCAAUCUGGUGGUACACAAGGAGCGCAAGGUGGUGCGCAUCUUCUAUCGCACCUACAAGAACACCGUGCACAUUGUCACCCAGCAGUGCUUCAACGACGAGCUGCAGGACGUGGCCGAGACGUACAUGACUCCCGAGGGUCGCAUUGCCCUGCACUACUGGCGUGGCUACAACUAUCUGCUGCAUGCCGCUUGUAUACCGCCGAAACGCAAGGAGAUGAUUCUGCCAAAACUCGAGCUAAUGUGGCGCCAGGACACCCAGCUGGUGAGGAAGUUCAGAGAGCUCAAGGCCCUCAACUAUGACAAUGCCAUGAACUAUCUGGAAGGGAAUUCCGAGCUGGCCGACUUCAUGCAGGAUUAUGUGCUGAAUCUCUUACGCUAUAAGCCCAGCAACGUUCUUGAGUUUUCCAUCAUGUUUUUUCAAAACAUGUCCGCCACUUCCUAGUUAAUCCAUUCACUUAUUAAAGCUUAAAAUUUUAGGCGGAAGUCUGAGAAGUUUUCGAAUAAACAUCAAAUGGUACACUAUUUAAA